AUGUGCAUUGCAAUAGCUACUACAGAGCAUCCCGAUUAUCCAUUUAUACUACUAUCUAAUAGGGAUGAAUAUUUCAAACGGCCAACCAUGCCAGUCCAUUUCCGUACUAUAGAAGGUGAUGUCAAAUUAUUAUCUCCUUUAGAUCUAGCGAGACCAGAACAUGGUACUUGGAUAGGGGUUACAACAAGCGGAAAGGUGGCGGUUUUGGUAAAUUAUCAUGAACUUGAUAAUAAUAGAGAAGUAUCCCGUGGAGUAUUACCAUUAGCAUAUCUCUGUUCUAACGAACUGGAUGAUGAAUGGAGAGAGGGAAUAAAACGAGAAUUAAGCAAAAUAGGGGGCUUUUCAUUGUUAUACGGUAAAUUAAGUUUAAAUCCUGAAACUGGUAAGAUAGACACAUUAAAUAUCCUUAGUAACCGGGGAAAACACGGUAAAAUAUUUGAAACUUGUGAUUAUGAUGAAUUAAUUCAUGAUGAAAUACAACAUAAAUCAACAUUUGGAUUAUCCAAUUCUUUAUAUAAUCAACCUUGGAAAAAAGUUGCCAUUGGAGAAGAUUUAUUAAAAGAUUUAAUGAAAGAGGCUGCUAAUAAUUGUUAUUCACAAGAAGAAGUGGUUGAGAAGUGUUUUGAAUUACUUAGUCAUGAUACAUAUAAUAGAGAAGUUGCUCAAACCAAAGAUUUUGAUGCCAAAUUGAUGGAAUUACGUAACUCGGUGUUUAUUCCACCUUUACAAAGAAGUGGGUCAAAUCCAAAUUGUGUGGCCGUGGGGAAAUAUUAUGGUACUCGUACUCAAACGAUUAUAUUAUUGGAUAAAGAAGGAAACCUUAAUUAUUAUGAAAAGAAUAUCUAUACUUCAGAUAACCUUGAAAAAGAUGAUGAGGUUGCUCAUUAUAAAUUUAAUAUUUUUCAGAGCAAAUAA